AUGAAGGUGACCACUACGCCGGCGACAGAUCUAGCUUUCACCAAUUUCGCUUACUGCUCUCCCUCGGAUCAUUCGUUCCUCCGGAGAAUUUUGCUGGUACUUGAGUUAGAAUUUGUAAAGAAGGGUGCUCAAAGCGAAGAGGUUGAUGCUCUACUCCUUUCAAUCCAACUCAGGAAGAAAUUCAUCAAUCAGGUCUUGACAGUAGGCCAGAGAGCUACAUUUGAGUAUCAUGGAACCAAUUACAUUCUUACAGUCAAUCAAGCCGUUGCAGAGGGCCAAGAGCAGUCUAAUGGCAUCAAAAGAGGGAUGAUCUGUGAGGACGCAUGUUUUGUGUUUGAAGCAUCAAAUGCAAUACAGUCUAUUCUUUUGAUCUUGCAGCCUCGGGGGAAAGCAGGUUGGGUUAUGAUGAUGUAA